UCCUGUAACCUCGCGUAGCCUUUAUUCCCUUGCCGGCUCCGGUUCGAUUCCCCUCUACUAUUAGUCAAUUUUCUCUCUCAACUUCAUCUUCUUCCUCUGCUUCGUCCAGUUCUUUGCUCCGGCCCAUCCCCGGCGGAUUCAUAGACCGCGUAGUCGUGGUUCUGGGAGCAGUGGAAGGUACGUGUGAGUAACCUUCGAUUCAACAUCUGUAGGAGAUGAAGAGGCAGUCAGAAAAUGGAUCUAGACGACGACGAUUUUGAGAUGCCAUCUAGAACAUCCCCUCAUCUUCGAUUCAGGAACACACCAAAGAAGAAACAUGAGGACAUGGUUAAUCACACUGGAACAGAGAAGAGGCCACUGAAGAGAAGGAAAACCAUGACCAACAAGUCCCAGAACCGGAUGAAAAGUUGAAGCAGAAUAUUGGAUUCAAAUGUUCCCCUCAUCUUUUGUUCGAUCUGCUGAAGACCCUAGACAGAGAUCAGAGGAAUUGGGUUGAUGAACUCGGUUUCGGUAUUCUAUUAUCCAUGCCAAAUUGUAGGCUUCCUAAAGAUCUGACAGUGUGGUUAGUGAGCCAUUUCAGUUGGAAGAAGCAAGCUCUGACUGUACGUGGCCGAACAGUCCCAAUUAAACAGCUUAUGAAGAAGCUGUUAGGUAUACCUGAUGGCCCUUUUCCUGUACCUUUGCCCCGUAGCAAGCGUGGCAAAUCAAAGUGCAUUUACCCCACCGAUGAGGACAAAGAGAUGAAGGAUGAGAAAGGUGCAAGGGGUUUGAGUUAUAAGGCUAUUACGAGUCACUAAUAGCUACUCAUGACCCAGUACAAUUUAAAAGAUCCUUUAUGUUGUACGUGCUCUGUAUUUACUUUGCUCCAUCUAGUGGCCACUUUAUUAACCUUGGCUACUCACCCAUCGUGAGCAACGUUGACCUCAUCAAGGAUAUGAACUGGUGCGACCAUGUAGCUGAUGUUCUCAUCGAAGGAAUUCGGGAAUAUCGAGACUCGAAGGCAGUUAAUGUCAAUGUCCAUGGAUGUGUACAUGUUCUGCUGCUCAUUUAUAUUGAUAUGGUUAAGUCUCCAAUAUUGGAAGUUCCCGGAGGAUACCCCCGUGUACUAUAUGUAACUACUGAGUUGCUAGACUUGUUAGAUUUGUCUGAUUUGAAGUCCAGCUCAUCUGGUCGUCCAGAGUAUGGCAAGCUACAGAUUGCUGAUUCACCAUAUGGAGAAGAGUUUGUAACGACCGCCACACCAAAUGGACGUCCCACCAGAUCCAUACAUGGCUGCAGUAGUACUGCCCAUACUAAUGUGGAUGUUCAAAAGGUUUUAUUUGAUGGAAUGCACCAAAUUGAAGCGCAAUAUUCAACAUCAAGAGACAAGAUCCAUGCAGAAAUGUACGAGACCUACAAACAGAAGAUCCAUAAGAUUGAUUCUGAAAGAUCCUCAGCAAUUUCUGCUCUCCAUAAAAAAAUAUCUUCUUUACAUGAAUCUGCCGCAGCAUCUCCACAUACUAUGAAGACAGUGAGAACAACUAAAAGUGUUGCUCACGAACCGCUCCCAACGAAAAGUGUAGCUGACCCUUCUUCACAUGGAACAAUUAAGGAGGUCAAUACUACCCCCACAGCAGCUCCUCCAAUUUGCAGCACACCUCCAGAAGUGUCAUGUUUGCUGAACAAAGCAUCACAGUCACAUAACAGUUCCCUGUCGAGUUAUCAGAGAUACCUCAGCGUGCCAAUAAUAAUUCCAAUGACAGUUCAGAACAUCCCUAUGUACAUAUUCCAAUUCCUUUGCAGGAAACAUCUGUUGAACCUACCCAUGGCUGCAUCCGUUCACCAGAAGCUUCAGAAAGAUGUAUUGAUCUUCAGAAAGAUCUAUUGAUCGAGAGAAAUACACGGUCCAGGCGCCGAUUCGGAAUUGUUUGUAUGCAUAAAAGGAUUGAAUUCUAUACAUAAUUCUUUCCUAUUGGGUACGAAUAUGUUACUGAAGCUAUAUGUGAAACAUAUAAUGUUCGUUUGAUGGAAAUAUUGUUUCAAUCUGGGGAGGAUGCUAAUUUGGAUAGUGAUUUUGGUGCUGAAAAUUU